AUGUCAGCCCCGUCAAACAAGCACGUGAAAUCGCGCACACCGGUGCAGGCCCGUCGGGAUCUUCAGCGAUACUUCGGCGAGGGCAGCAAUACCCAACUGACUGUGGACGUCGCGACGUACGAGGUGAGCGAGGAGGAGAUCAAAGAUUUGGGGAGGGGUACAGAGACAGGGUUCUGGCGCGCCAUCCUCGGCUAUGCGUACCUCGCUCGCGAUCGCGCAUGCUUCGUGGCCGACAAGAACGUCCUCAAUCUGAAACUGCCCGAGUUCCAUGAUGCGGUCAUUGUUGGCAUACUUGCACGCAUACGGCACGCUGCGGGAAACACUGGCGCAUCUAUUGUGGAGGUGAUCGACAUCUCGAGACUGAUGACCUUGUGUCAUAUCUCGUACGCAGAGUCCCAGUCGUCACCGCCACCGUCUCUGGCAUCUGUGUGGUCGCCACCCCCAUCACAGAUCGGAUCCGAAAACGCGGUAACGUUCGAUGAGCGGGCGUCACUGUACGGAUUCCCGGAGGAGGUUGAACACUGGGACGAGCAGGACAAGCUCCCGUUCCCGAAACCGCCAGAGAAGCCUCAUUGGUUGCAGCCAGGUACGGACGACUUUGGCGACUGGGCGUCGCGACAGUUACAGCACAGCAAGAUCCGCCGUCUGCGCCUGCAGGACCUCCUGGAGAAGGUAGACGACCGGUCGUCAUUCAUGCGCGACGGGCAGCUGUCGAAGCAAUACCCGAAUACCAGUCCAGUGGCGAUCGACUCUCUCAAGUUUUCCAUCAAACGGUACAAGCAAAUUGAGAAGACGUACGCAGCGAUGAUCCAGAAGACUAUCGCGCUCCAGGAGUCCGAGCGUAUCACGGAGGCCCUGGCCAACGUUGGUGGAGAGCCGACUGACACCGUGGACGAGGUCGAGCGUGAACCGGAGGCGAGCCAGCCGGCCCUGAGCAAGGCGGCCGGCAAGCGUCCCGCUGCUGGCAAUGUGCCGGCACCAGCUCCGGCGACGCGCAGCCUACGGAACCGCCAGCAGUCGUCCUCCCGUGCUUCGAGCACGAGCAGCAGUCGGGCCGCAACGCCUGGCUCGGUUCCCAAGUCGAAGCUGCGAUCCACGUCAGCUGCGUCCAGUGGCUCGUCCGGCAGUGCCAGCACGCGCCAGAGGCUGAAUACACCCCGCGCUGCCAGCGGCAGUGCGGCUCGCCCUGGUCCAUCAACUCGUGCCCGCGACAGUGGCGCUCCGAAGGACGUGUUCAGCGACGGAGAGCUGCGACGUCGCACGCAAUGCGGCUUCUUCGUGCCGGCCGCUUUGUGCACGAUUCCGUUCGAGAGCGUUCUCGCCCAGCAUGCGUGCGUACACGAGGCGGGUCAUGUUUCAAACGGUGAGACGUAUAUAAUGCUGACUGCCACUAUCAUUCAUCAUGGCCUCUCGUCGUCCACCCCCUCCGUCAGCGAGCUCCCGGCGGGCAACGCCUGCGUCGUCACAGCCGCAGAGACGACGAGGGAGUGCUGCACCUUCUGCACGGGGUGCCUCGUCACGGCGCAGUUCGGCUGGGCCUUCUCGUCCGUCGGCCGGUCCAUCUCGUCCGAUCGCUGGUCCGUCUCGUUUAUCAGGCGGUCCAUCUCGUCCAUCCGCUGGUCCAUCUCGUCCAUCUGCUGGUCCGUCACACCCGGCCACAGGAUCACGCGCGAGUUCGACGGUGGCAGCUUCAAGAGCGCCGGCUGGUGCUGGACCGUUGCGGGCACCGUCACAGGCAGCGUCGCGGGCUCCAUCACGGGUAGCUUCACGGGCACCAUCGCGGGUGGCAUCGCGGGCACCGUCGCGGGUUGCGUCGCAGGCACCUCCGGUCCCGAGGACAGCGAUGAUGAUGUGGCCAUCAUCGUCAACCCGGUCCCUCCGGCAGACAUGGAUCCACACGAGGUCCUGUUGCACCUCGCGAGCACUGACGACAUGAAUGAACGUGCGCGCGAAGAGCUGUCGUCCACGCUGGAAGGUAACACGGGCCCGUUCAGUCUGGAUGCGCUUCCGGAUAGCAUUGCGGCGGAGGAUGGCUCGGCGAGUCAGGAUGAUGUCAGGCAAGGUAUCCGUACGCGCGAGGCCCUGAGUCAACAGAUGGACGGCACGUUCCGUCCUGCGAGCUGGGAGGAGAACAAGUGGCGAGAAUGCCCACGGCAGACGGUGAAGGUGUCGACGCUGCGCAAGUUCCAGGAGCACAACACACCACGGAACAGGCAGUUCGCGACGAACCUCCUGAAGAAGCGCACGGUGGUGAAGGUAGACGACGAGUACAUCAUCCCGAACUCUGAUCCGUCGCUGUACUGGCACAUUGACCAUCACUUCCUCGAUUUCCUGUCCUGCGUCCCCGGGAAGCAAGGGAUGGCGGUGUGUCUGCCGACGGUGCCUGCGCACCACAACUACAGUGUCAAACUCGAGCUGCGCCAGGGUUAUAAGAUACUGCGGAUGACGAAGCACGGCAAGCUCGGUUGCGACCCGUCGGGCCGGUGCGUGAUGUUUGGUAAAUACGGCAUUGAGGAGCUGUGGGGGGUGUUCGUCCCCGUGUCCUUCUUUGACGACGAGGUUGGCGAGAGCGACAGCGAGGCGCCCCUUCCGCUGUCCGCAUAUGGCAUCAAAAAGGGCAACACUCGUCUGUCUCCGGAGCACUUCAAAGUCUGGCAGCUCUUUGUCUGCCGUCUCCUCGAGAGCAUCGGCUGGAGCGGCCUGACGAUCCUCCGAAACUAUCCGUUUGGCAAGUCGCAGGAUCUGCGCGCGGGGUGGGACAUCCAAGACAUUUGUAACGUAUUCGAGCACGCCAGCAUCGAUUUGAACCUGAAGAACGUGCAGGAGAUCGACGACAUCUUCGCGGACGAGUGGUCGAAGUUCGUCGAGGAGAUGCCAGUGGCGUGGAAGGCUGACAAGUUCUUCGUACAUCACAAGCCCAUCGUCAUCUCGUGCCGCUAUGGGCAGAACACGCCGAUCGGCGUCCAAUACCAGCUCCACCACGAGGCGGGUCAGUGGGACCAGAUGCGCACCUGGUCCCACUUGAAGUACGUGAGCAUGGCGAUCGCCUCCGAGAUCCAAGUACACCAGGUCGAGGAGUACGAGGUCGUGUCGAACGACGCGUUGAUCAGGAAGUAUGAAGCGCUGUACGAGCACUACAUUCCCGGCAAGGACAACCCGCCCGUCGACCUGGACACGUUCCCCAUCUUCGACGAGAACGGCAUGGAGAUCCCGCUCUACGACAAGAAAGGGGCCCUGGUGUCGCGCAGGCGUGUGGACACGUACAACCUCACAGGCCCUGGCUGCGGCCUGCUCCUCGAUCUCCGGCGGAUCCACGAGAUGUUCAGCGUGUCAAACGACGACGGAGAGGGUACGGCACGACUGCAACAUGAAGAGAGACAGCGUCGCCGAGAGCGUCGUGCAGCCGCAGCCUUCGCCGGUCAGGACACCGGCCCCAUCUUUGACGAGGAGCAGGAGUUGGUGCAGCAGGAUGAUGGUGAUGAGCCUGCGUCACCGUCCGGCGACACCGUUUCCGCUGCUGCUGAGCAGGAUGAGCUGGAUGCCGCGAUGUUCAGGCUAACACCGAGCCCGGUCCUAGGCAGCAUCUGGGAUCCCUUGACACCGCCACCGCAGUCGUCUGACCCCGGCGACGGCAGCGACGUUGCUGCUCCGUUUGACUGGGAUGGGCUUGGAGACCAGGAUGAUGGCGAUUUGGACGAUGGCACUGGCAAGGAGGAGGAGCCUGAGGAGGAGCACUACGACGAGGAGCAGGAUCAGCAGCAGCAGGUGGAAUAUUAUGACGAAGAGGAGCAGGAGCAAUAUCACGGUGACAACGAGCAGGCACACGACUACGACGACGACGAGGAUGACAAUGACAGUGAGGCGUUUGCAGCAGAGGUGGAGGCGAUGGUCUCGGAACGGGCAGAGCGGGCGCGACGUCUGCGGUUGGACUUGUACCCGCAGGCGUUCCUGGGCCAUUACGGGAACAUCCAGGCCAACCAGCUGUUCCCGCACUACGCACCGUUCUUUGUCAACAUGGAGAAGCUCAUCCGGGAAGAGGUUCCUGAGCGCCCCGACUUCCACGAGCACAUUCCAGAUGGAGGCGAGUACGUCGUGCCUGAUCUCGAGAAGCUCGAGAACUGGCGGAGGUUGCACGGACACGAGGGGCCUAUCAUCGAGGAGGGUGGCUGCCAGAUCUACAACUCUGCGUCGCACCGCAGCCGGCCAAUGGCCGGGCAGCAGGAAAUGUCGAACGGUUCACUGACCCAGGCGGCGACUGGCUCGUGGGCCACAGGCGAUGCUGGCCGCAAGCUGCGCAUGAAGAUUGUCAAUCGAAACGAACUUGGACUGCCGCACGAGCGGUUCCGCGACACCAUGAUAGGUAGCAGCAGGGACCCACCUGUCGCCCUGCGGUACGAGUGCAACUUCACCGUCUACGUCCGCCGCAUCCCUGAGAAACAACGCACUGGAUUCGACAUCUAUCGGUUUGUGCCAAUCAACUUCAUCCAGGCCACGACCAACCCCAUCAUCAUGUCUCGCCUCAAGAGACACAUUGUGGUCUUUGCGCCUGGUAUCUUCCCGCGGAUAUACGACUGGACGACCUUCCCUGUGUACACGCUGACGGAGCAGAUGUACAAGUCGAUGCGGCCUUACCUGCAGGAGAACGGAACGGCCGACGACAAACUGGACCCGUUGAGGGUUGAAUUCCUCGCGAUCUUCGAGCGCCUGCUAGCGUACGCACACACGGGGAAUGCGCGAGUGAUAGCUGGGUGCAUGACGUUGCUGUGGUUCAAGCGGGCUCUGCUUGAGCUGGGCUUCCCGUGCAUCCACCCCGACAUCUUGCUCGACUUGGAGAACGAGUUCCCGCUGUCCAUCCCUGUGACGCGCUGGCCGCUUAUAAAGUCGACCAUGACCCCUCAGACUGCAUCCGCACGGUCCAUCGAGCUGACGUGGGGGCCCGCAGUAUUGGCGUCGUACCUGGCCACGUUCACUCUGCAGAUCAUCGAGAUGCAGGACAUCCCGGCCAAGUACAAGGAAGCGCGCGACAACGACCCCGAGUUCGCACGCGCAGUCAUGGUCGCGGACCUUGGCGUCAGGUUGCUCAUCGGUGACUUGAAGGAGUUCGUGGCGAGAGAAGUGCGUGCGCGAGCGAAGCGAGUCACCCAAGCGGAUAUGGAAAAGAUGUCCGAGCUCGAGCUCCACCACCACACUCACCGCGAAGAGACCAUGGAGCAGUGGAUGGAGUGCGUGAACGCGUUCUCCCACAACAGCAAACAGGUCGAGCCCGGGAAGAAGACGGACAAGAAGGGCAAGGCUGUGGCGAGCACGGCUGUCCCGUACGCACUCCUGAGACUGAGCAGGCCCGUGCUGCAGUGCUGUGCCAGGUCGUACGCGUGCCCGGGUGCACCUGCUGCUCUGUCCACUGUACGGACCACGCGUGCUGCCUGUGCGUCGACGACGCACACGGCCCCUGCCCCGCUGUGCGUCCGCGACGCACAAGAGGGCAGUGGGAGCCCGCUGCGCGGGGAGCGCCCGCCGAUCGCACGCCCGAUCGAGCAGGCGCCACUCGCCCGGGUGCACCUGCUGCCCUCUCCGCCGCGCGGACCACGCGUGCCUCUUGACGGCAGUGGGGGCUCGUCAUGUGGUGAGGGCCCGCCGAUCGCACGCCCGAUCGAGCAGGCACCACUCGCCCGGGUGCACCUGCUGCCCUCUCCGCCGCACGGACCACGCGUGCCUCUUGACGGCAGUAGGAGCUCGUCGCACGGGAAGCGCCCGAUCGGGCAGGCGCCGCUCGCCCGGGUGCACCUGCUGCCCUCUCCGCCACACGGACCACGCAUGCAGCUUAACGGCAGUGGGGGCUCGUCGUGUGGCGAGGGCCGGCCGAUCUCGCGCCAGAUCGCACAAGCGCCCACCCGACGACCUGCCCGUGACUGCUGGCGGUGCAGAGCGCACGCGUGCUCCUUGUGA